AUCUCUCUCGGGUCUCACAUCCACAAUGACCAAGAAAAGAAGGAAUAAUGGUCGUGCCAAAAAAGGCCGUGGCCACGUGGAGCCUAUUCGCUGCACCAACUGUGCCCAUUGUGUGCCCAAGGACAAGGCCAUUAAGAAGUUCGUUAUUCGGAACAUAGUAGAGGCCUCCACUGUCAGGGAUAUUUCCGAAGCGAGUGUCUUCGACGCCUAUGUGUUUCCCAAGCUGUAUGUGAAACUACAUUAUUGUGUGAGUUGUGCCAUUCAUAGCAAGGUAGUCAGGAAUCGCUCUCGUGAAGCACGGAAAGACUGAACACCCCCACCCCGAUUUAGACCCGCGGGUGCUGCCCCACGACCUCCACCAAAGCCCACGUAAGGAGCUAAGUCCUUACUGAAGG